AUGGAACUCACGGAGACGGCGAGCUUCCGAACCUGUCGGACCAUGGAGCAGCGAUUCCUGCUCACCGUCCUCGCCACAGGCUUCAUCGUUGUCUUCAUCGUCGUCCGGGUCCUCUACGCCGCAUUGGAAGGACAAGCUGGACAAGAUCUUCGACAAGCCCCAACACUCUUCAAACAAGACCUUCCAAAUGGAAGGUCGAUUAGACGAGACGGCAGGUCUACACGGAAGGUGAAAGAACACGGAGGACUACCGACGUGGAAACAACAAAAAGAUCAUGGUCAAGCAAUGCAUUGGAGAAGAAUAAAAAUUAGUGACAGCGAUCUAGCGGUGGAAAUCAACAAAUCCAACGAGACGACCAAGAUGGAGUACGUCAAAGCCAUGACCUUGCCGGUUCACUGA